GUGCACGCUGCCGAGGACGAUCUCGGGAAAGGCGGGGAUGUCGGUAGUAAGAGCACGGGCAACGCCGGAAAUCGCCUGGCGUGUUGCGUCAUCGUGCACACGGAUCCAACCGUGCAGGGAGUCAUCCCACCACAUCACGAUGACGACGGGGAUUAUGCCUCAGACUCCGGGAUGGCCCACGCAAGCCACGGCUGGUUCUGCGAGGGCUGUGCUCCGAGCCUCGCGGGCUCGGUGACCGACUUACAGGCGAACAUGACUGGCGCUGUGGGCGGCCGUCGCCGAGCUGGCGACUGCAAGGUUCCCGUCGAUAUACACCUGCACAUCACACCAGGAAGCCACGAAGUUACUGUUGACGACGAACACAGUGACGUCAUUCCCGGUGUGAUGGUUCAUACGUCGCCAGAUGCCGCCACGAGCGGCGCCGCAGACGACUGCAGCGAGGUCGCUGGAAAGAGAGCGAAAAAGAAGUGCAAGCGAAUGAACGCCAGACGAAGGCACCACGAUGGCUCCGGGCCAGCUCGUACAGCUGACGCCGGCGGCCCGCCCGCACCCAGGGUUGGCGACGGUUGGAUACACGCUGCCUGCCACAUGGAGCCUAAUUCUGCCCUGCAGGGUAGUGAACCCCAGAUCCAUGGCCAUCUGCACCUCAUGCAAACACCCGGCGAGGACCUGAUGAUUCACAUGAGCCUCAGUGGCUUCGGCACCGCCGCCGGUCACCGGCAUGGCUUCCACGUGCACAAGUACGGUGACAGGCACGAGGGAUGUACCUCCGCCGGUCCGCACCUCGGCCACGCGACCGCAACGCACGGCGACCCUACCGACGCCAUCAAGCACUUGGGUGACCUUGGGAACAUCGAGUGUGAUGCGGAAGGUAACGUGAGUACAACGCUGCACGAUAGCCAGGCAAAGAUUUACGGUUCGAUGUCCAUCCUGGGCAGGGCGAUCGUGCCGAAUUAUGUCUCCGAGUGUCGACACAAGCCUAACGGCGUCUGA